CAGAUUUGGGCUCUUAUGGAUCGUUUCCAGUUCGAUCUGGGCACCGGUCCUGUUCUGUGCUCUCUCCCUCAGGACAAGGAUUGCAGGAAGGAGAUCCCCACACAGCAAUCUCCUCCUCACUCUCUGGGCAAUUCGGGCAGCUCUCAGCCCAGGGCUGGCCCCAGCCUGGCCCAGGGCACCCGCAGUGUCCCCACACAGACCUCGGGGUGCCCCCUGGGCUCCUGUGACAGCUGCUCCAGCGCCCAGGCCAGCCUGCGGGAGGUGGGCAGAGCCAUCACCAGCCUCUGCCAGAGCCAGAACAUCCCCUCGGCCCUCAGCAAAUUCCAGGGGGUGCUGGAGGACAGCACGGGGAGAAGGAGCCUCUCUGCGACAGAGCUGAGCUACUGGGCCGCAGAGCAGAGCAAGGAUCUCUCCCGGAUCAACAAACACCUCCAGGAGCUGCUGCAGCAGCUGAACCCGGUGAAGGCUGAGCUGGAAGAGGUGGGGAAACAGAAGGAGGAGCUGAGGAAGCAGGUGGAGGACUUUUCCCGGAAGCUGCAAGUGGAGAGGGAGACCCAAGUGCAGCAGCAGAGGAAGGCAGAGCAGAGCCUGAAAGCCAAGGACAAGGAGCAUUUGGAGGCUGUGGCCAGGCUGGAGCAGGAUAAGGAUGAUCUAAGGAGAGGUACAGAGCUGUUCCCAGCAUUCCCUCCCAGGCCUGGGGGUAUGUGCAGGAGAAGCACAGAGUUCAUGGGCAAAUUUGGGCCCCACCACCAGGAGCAGGGCUUUUGCCAUAGAUUUUUGUAGGUGCUGGGGGAUUUU